UUUUUAUCAAGCUACUUUUUGUCAAAAUAAAUGGCAAUCACACUAUAUGCAAUGAGCGGACAGAGAGCCAAAUGGACAAAGCAAUGAGCAAGCUCAUCGUAAUUGGUCAAAAAAGUUUAAAAUUCCCGACAACCGCCCGACAACUGCGCCCCUACUGUAACCACGCGCUGAAAACCUUAGACCAAAUCACAGCUUACAGCGAACAAUGUAUGAGCAAGUUUGGCCGGGACGCGGCCAAGGUGCUUUUGCACUCGGUCACCACUGAGCUACGUGGUGUUUGUAAGACUGGCCGUCUGACCAAACGGGCCAAGGAUUUGAUGAAAGCGGCACCAUGCGCAAACGCUGGGUUGAAAAAUUUUCAAAAAUGCAAUACCAAACUUAUUGAGAAAUUUACCGGGGUCAUGAACGCCCCCGUCAAACAGCGUAUACCCAUGAGCUGCUGCAAUUUUCACCAACUGAUCCGUUGCCUGGCCGACGAGGCCGACGAUGUCAAACAAUGUAGCCGUAAAACAGUGGACUUUAUCGUAAAAUAUGUCAACAAAUUGAUUGAGCCCAUACUGAUGAUCAUGUGCAGCGACUAUAGCGAGCCCAGUGAUAGGUGCGACGCGUUGGUCGAGCGCACCCCCAACGCCACGGCAUCCCAGCGCAGAUACAAAUCAUUUUUAAUGCCCAUUAUUAAUGUGGCCAUGAGUUUGGGCGAUGAGAGUAGUGAACUAGCUAAGUAA